UCGGCAGGUAACUGGCAGUAUACAGUAUCAGCACGACAAAAGAACGGACGAAAUGGCAGAACCAGAUACGGAAAAGUUUUACCAAGACGCUGAUAAAUAUUGGAAAGAGGUACCAGCCACAGUUGACGGAAUGUUGGGAGGUUUUGCUCACAUCUCUAAUACUGAUAUCAACGGAUCAACAAAGUUUUUAAGACAGUUCAUCAGAGGUGAAAAUGCAAAGACAAAGUCUCACCGUGCUUUAGACUGUGGUGCAGGGAUUGGAAGAAUCACAAAACGUCUCCUGAUCCCACUCUUUGACACUGUCGACAUGGUCGAACUGAACCCAGACUUCUUAAACAAAGCCAGAGAAUUCCUGGGUGAACACGCAGAUAAAGUAGAACAAUACAUUGCCAAAGGUUUACAGGACUUUACUCCCGAGGCAGGGCGCUAUGAUGUCAUCUGGUGUCAAUGGGUGCUGGGACACCUGACGGACUCACACUUGGUGGAGUUCUUUAAAAGAUGUAAAGUGGGACUGGCACCUGACGGGAUGCUCUUUGUGAAGGAGAACGUGACAUCAAGUGAUGAGGUAGAUAAAGAUGAUACAGACAGCAGCGUCACAAGGCCGAGAGACAUUCUGGUUAAACUUAUGAUGGAGGCUGGACUGAAGAUUAUUAAAGAGGAGAAACAAAAAGGAUUUCCCAAAGGACUUUAUGAUGUCAUCAUGUUUGCCUUGACGUAGGAUUUGAAUCUGGUUACUCAAAACCACUGAAAUAUGAACAAAAGUUUAUCUUAUAUUCUUGGUGUGUAAAUAUAAAACUGAACAGACUCUUUUUCGCAACUUUGCACCUUUUGCUGAACGAAGUUUCCACAUUAUUAAAAACGUUGUUUGCUGAGUAUUAAUGCAUAGGUCAAUGCUGCUAAUGCUGUUUUCUCUGGCAUACUGAGAGGCAGAUCCAGGGAUAUUUUCUGACAGUCUUCCAAAUUAUUGUUCCAUCCUCCAUUUUUGACUGUUAUUGGACAGGAAAAGUUGGAUGCCCUUCAGUGUAAACUUAAAAAUUUUUACCAUCUUCUGGGUCUUCCAGAAGGCAGCUUCCGUCCGCCCCUGAUACUAGUUAUUUGUUCAAGUUUGUUCAUGACAGGCAUUAUUGCUAUUUCACCCAGUCAACAGGGAGGUGUAUAAAAAAGUUCCUUCCUUAAAAAUGACUUUGUAUAAAAAGAGGUACGAAUGCAGCCAAAGAUUGAUUCCAAAUCUGGGAUGUCACUCUGAAUUUCUUUACAAGGAUUAUGUGAAUUUAUUAGCCUUGUAUAUGCUGCUUUAGAGGUUUAAAUUUAUUUUUAUCUUGCAAGCAUCUAAAGGAGUUUACAUAUGUCAUGUUUUCUUGUAAUAAAAAUAUA